GGCAAAAUAUCAUUGUGACAGUCCAGUCUCUUUUGUUCAACCACUUGAACAUCAUAACUCUAACGAAACUGCCAAUCUCACCGUGAAGCUAAAAGAGUAAAUUAGAUCUGAAGCGUCUGGAGUAACCAAGAUAUACUCUCAAUCACGAUCUGAAGAUGGCUUCACAGCAGGUGUCUGUAAAGAAACAGCAGGAACUUCAAGCCCAGUAUAGCACCUACAAGGACACUCUCCAACAGGUAGCGCGUAAAAUUGGAGAUGUAGAGCAGGAAGCAGAGGAGCACAAACUUGUUCUCGAGACAUUACAACCUCUUCCUGGAGACCGCAAGUGUUUCCGUCUAAUUAACGGCGUACUUGUGGAGAGGACCGUCAAGGACGUUGUCCCAGCGCUCAAGACCAACGCUGAGGGCUUACGAAAGGUUCUCGAGGACCUGGUAAAACAGUACAAGGGCAAGGAGGAGGAGUUUGAAAAGUGGAAGAAAAAGAACAAUGUUCAGGUCGUGCAGUCUUAGCUUAAACCCAUCCAAUUGCUUACCGGAAGACACUGCAUCAGACACAAGGCACCCAAAGUAACUGGCUUGCUGGCGUAUUUGGUAAAAUUCUGGCACACCCAAAUCACUGGAAUCGCAGUCGAUGCGGCUACUCUUAGACAAGCAGUAUUUAUCUAAGCGUCACCACCGACACUUGGGACACGCUGCGGAAGUCGAUGCAUUCACAUUUAUCCAUCGGCACUGCGUCACCUUGCGCCAAUGAUAUUUGACUUGCAGUUGCAGAAUUGUGACUGUGGCAGGCGGCAUGAGAGCCUCGCUGCCCAACGGUCGCUGGGCGUUUGGCCUCUAGUUGUUGGGCUCCAAUAGGAGAAAGCAGGCUCAAGGGCAUCGAUAUCGCAUGGAGCGGCUGAUACGAAGUCUACGUUGCCAACGUAGAGAUGCUGAUCUCGAUAACGUCAAUCGAAUUUUCGGUGCAUGGGGACUCAAAGACAUUGUGAUCAGUGACCAAUUUUACAAUGAUUAUUAUAUCUGUCAAGGUUAUGAUAUCAUCCCAAGUUCAAGACUCAGAAUGCCAUGCGAUGACAAGCCUUUAUUUGUUACACA